GACUUUCUAUUCCUUCUUGCCAAGAGCUUUGAGAAGGAUGAACCAAGUAAAUGCUUUAUUUAGGACUAAGUGAGAUACAGAUCCCUCCAGUCUGACAGCGUUUCAGCCUCCGGAGUGAGGAAGCAGCAGAAACUGAAGCAGCAAUAGCAGUAGCAACAGCAGCAGCCCUGCUGAAGUCCAAUAGAGGAGACCUGAUCUCUGGUGUAUUUUGGAACUCCGCCUGGGAUCGUGACUGUCCAGGGUCCUGAAACAUGAACCAAACUGCCAGCGUGUCCCACCACAUCAAGUGUCAGCCCUCAAAAACAAUCAAGGAACUGGGAAGUAACAGCCCUCCCCAGAGAAACUGGAAGGGAAUCGCUAUUGCCCUGCUGGUGAUCAUAGUUGUGUGCUCGCUCAUCACCAUGUCAGUCAUCCUCUUAACCCCAGAUGAACUCACAAAUUCAUCAGAGACCCAGUUGUCUUUAGAAGAUCUCUUUAGGAAAGACUUUAUACUUCAUAAUCCAGAAGCUCGAUGGAUCAAUGAUACAGAUGUGGUGUAUAAAAAUGAGAAUGGACAUGUCAUUAAACUGAAUAUAGAAACAAAUGCUACCACAUUAUUGUUGGAAAACACAACUUUUGUAACCUUCAAGGCAUCAAGAUAUUCAGUUUCACCAGAUUUAAAAUAUGUCCUUCUGGCCUAUGAUGUAAAACAGAUUUUUCGUUAUUCAUAUACAGCUUCAUAUGUGAUUUACAACAUACAUACUAGGGAAGUUUGGGAGUUAAAUCCCCCAGAAGUAGAGGACUCCAUUUUGCAGUAUGCAGCCUGGGGUGUCCAAGGGCAACAGCUGAUUUAUAUUUUUGAAAAUAAUAUCUACUAUCAGCCUGAUAUAAAGAGCAGUUCAUUGCGACUGACAUCUUCUGGAAAAGAAGGAAUUAUUUUUAAUGGAAUUGCUGACUGGUUAUAUGAAGAGGAGAUUCUUCAUUCUCAUAUCGCCCACUGGUGGUCGCCAGAUGGAGAAAGGCUUGCCUUCCUGAUGAUAAAUGACUCCUUGGUGCCUAACAUGGUUAUCCCUCGGUUUACUGGAGCAUUGUAUCCCAAAGCAAAGCAGUAUCCAUAUCCUAAGGCAGGUCAAGUGAACCCAACAGUAAAAUUGUAUGUUGUAAACCUAUAUGGACCAACUCAUACUUUGGAACUCAUGCCACCUGACAGCUUUAAAUCAAGAGAAUAUUACAUCACGAUGGUUAAGUGGAUUAGCAACACCAAGACAGUGGUGAGGUGGUUAAACCGGCCACAGAACAUCUCCAUUCUCACUGUCUGUGAGACCACUACAGGUGCCUGCAGCAGAAAAUAUGAGAUGACCUCAGAUACUUGGCUUUCUAAACAGAAUGAGGAACCUGUAUUUUCCAGAGAUGGCAGCAAAUUCUUCAUGACAGUUCCUGUAAAGCAAGGAGGGCGUGGAGAGUUCCACCACAUAGCCAUGUUCUUUGUUCAGAGUAAAAGUGAGCAAAUUACCGUCCGGCAUCUGACAUCAGGAAACUGGGAAGUGAUAAAGAUCUUGGCAUACGAUGAAACUAGUCAGAAAAUUUACUUUCUGAGCACCGAGUUAUCUCCCAGAGGGAGGCAGUUAUACAGUGCUUCUACUGAAGAAUCACUGAAUCGCCAGUGCAUCUCAUGUAAUGUUAUGAAAGAACAAUGUACAUAUUUUGAUGCCAAUUUUAGUCCCAUGAAUCAGCAUUUUUUAUUAUUCUGUGAAGGUCCAAGGGUUCCAGUGGUCACCCUGCAUAACACGAACAACACAGCAAAAUAUUUUAUAUUGGAAAGCAAUUCUGUGCUGAAGCAAGCUCUUCAGAAGAAGAAGACAGUAAAGUCAGAAAUUAAAAUCAUUCAUAUUGAUGACUAUGAACUUCCUUUACAGUUGUCCCUACCCAAAGAUUUUCAAGAACGAAACCAGUAUGCUCUCCUAUUAAUAAUGGAUGAAGAACCAGGAGGCCAACUGGUUACAGAGAAGUUCCAUAUUGACUGGGAUUCUGUCCUUGUCGACAUGGAUAAUGUCAUUGUAGCAAGAUUUGAUGGCAGAGGAAGUGGAUUCCAGGGCCUUAAAAUUUUACAGGAAAUUCACCGAAGGUUAGGUUCAGUAGAAGUAAAGGAUCAAAUAGCAGCUGUGAAGUUUUUACUGAAAGAGCCAUAUGUCGACUCCAAAAGAUUAAGCAUUUUUGGAAAGGGGUAUGGUGGAUACAUUGCAUCAAUGAUCUUAAAGUCAGAUGAAAAGCUUUUUAAAUGUGGAUCAGUGGUUGCACCCAUCACAGACAUGAAAUUGUAUGCUUCUGCUUUCUCUGAAAGAUACCUUGGCAUGCCAUCUAAGGAAGAAAGUACUUACCAGGCAUGCAGCGUGCUGCAUAAUAUACAUGGCUUAAAAGAAGAAAAUAUAUUAAUAAUUCAUGGGACUGCUGACACGAAAGUUCAUUUCCAGCAUUCAGCAGAAUUAAUCAAACAUCUAAUAAAAGCUGGAGUAAAUUAUACAAUGCAGGUCUACCCAGAUGAAGGUCAUAAUGUGUCAGACAAGAGCAAGUAUCAUCUCUACAGCACAAUCCUCAGAUUCUUCAGUGAUUGUUUAAAGGAACAAAUAGCUGAGUUACCACAGGAACCAGAAGAAGAUGAAUAGUGGACCCUAUUUAUACAGAACUGAAGGGGAACUCGAGGCUCAGUGAAAUGUAACCAAGAGACUGUCAUAUUCUAGAUGCUCCAGAUUUCUACGGCAGCUUAAGGAGAUGACACUGGAACAGCACACUCAGAGACAGUGAAUGGAAAUUUGAAGAGGAAAGUCCUAGCCGACUGUGUUGCCAAGGGUGCAGAAUCUGUUUCUCAAAAAGGAAGAUCAAAGGGAGGUUUCAGGGGAGAAAUUAGUUUCACAUUAAAGUAGGAGUAGUGCAUGUUUUCUUCUGUUAUCCCCGUUUGUUCUGUAACUAGUUGCUCUCAUUUUAAUUUCAAUGGCCAGCGUCACCUUUGCAUAUAAUGCACAACUUAUUGUCAGUAAUACAGUUCCUGAUCUUUGAUGGCUGAGCUGCAUUCUAACACUACUGUACCUUUACAAUAAGUGCAAUUCUUUCAUUGUCUAUUAUUAUGCUUAAGAAAAUAUUCAGUUAAUAAAAAUACAGUAUUUUAUGUAAUUUCUGUUUUUAAAAAAGUAUUAUUGAGCCGAAGGACUUGUAGAAAUACGGAUUUCAGCACCUUCCAAAGUUCAGCCACUUAUCACUAGAUAUAAAGUCUUUAAACCAACACACAAGUGUAUGUCCGCGAUAUAUUUAUACACUCAUGUGUGCAUAUGCAGUCAUUGAAUCUAUCUUUACAUGUUAUUCACACUAUAAAGGGUAAACUCUUGAUGAAUUAGAAAAGAUGCUGUUUUACAGAUUAUAAUGGAUGCUUUGUUUAAUGAGCCAAAUAUGAAACCUUUUUUUCCAAUUCAAAUUCUAGCUGUUGUUUUCCUAUAAAUGCUUCGGUUGUGUUUGGUAUUGUUUUUAGUGGUUAAUAGUUUUCUAGUUGCAAUUUAAUUUUUUGAAUAUGAUAUCUUGUCACAUGUAAAUUAGAUACUUAAAUAUUAAAUUAUAGUUUCGAUAAAAAAAUUUUGUUAACAAUGAAAUGCCACUGAGUGCUAUUUUGCUCAUUUGGUGGAGAAGGAUUUUUUUAAAAAGGAAGAGAAACACACUUGGUCCUUCUACUUUUAUCUCUUAGUGCAUAAUCAAUUCUAAUUUUCAUUGUAAAAGCAAAGAUCUGUAUUAUUUAUUUCCUUUCCCAGUUUCUAUUCCAGGCCUGCGCAAAUGUUCCUGGAUAAUUUAAAUCUUUCUGGUGAGAACAAUUUUUUAUUAAUUGGCUAAAAAGUUCACAAACAGUGGUGUUUGCUAUUUAAUUUGGAGACACACAAUGCAUCAAUUCCUGUGGUGUUGAUUUGUAGUAGUAACUGAAGAGUGUAAAAUAAAUUCGACUGUAGAAAGUCAUUUUAAGCCAUGAGAAUAUUAACUAGGUGGCUAAAAUCAUAGUAUCUUUGCAUAUCAUAUAAGGGAUCUUGCAGAAGAUGUACAAAAGUUUAUAACUAAGAUUUGAAGUCCCAAAAAAUCCAUGUGAUAUAUUCUAUUUUCCUGGCUUUAAAAAAAAUAGUUUAAAGGGAAGACUGAAUUAUCAUGACAUCACAAUACCAGAAGGAAAAAGUAAAAUAUCAGGAGUUGCUAUUUUGUCAAAGGAUAGACCCAAAAUUCUGGGUGUUUGGAAAUGUGACUCCCUGAGAAAGUCUUCACUUUUUUUCUGGAUGCUUUGGUAUUUUAUCUUCACUGCUGCAUUAGAUGCAAUUUAAAAUGGGAGAGUCUCCCUCUUCUGAAAGACCCACUUUAGGUCUUUAUCAAUAACAGUAAACGCAUUUUUUAACAAAAUAAGUUCUAAUAUUUAAAAGGAAACUUUCUCCUAUUUUAUUAAGAUGGAAAUUUCUUUUUAGGCUGAUUUGAAGUCCAACUGAAGCUUUUUAAUCUAUAUUUUAAACUUCAAUCACUAGAAUUUUUUAUGAUGCAAAUAAUUAUGUUGUCUGAAAGAUGUGGUUUUAUUGAAUGUCUAUUUGAGUAACACUUAAAUAGUAUUUACCUUUCACUGUUUCUCAUUCUUGUUUUAUUAUCAAUGUUUAUCUACUUUUCAAUUAAUUUAAUACAAUUUAUAAUGUGAAAGAUGUUUUGUGUGGAACCCACUUUCACCUUGGAGACUAAAUAGAUUUCAAAGGGAAAUUUAUUGUUUAUUUGGAAGGUUGAAAAUAUUCAUCUGUGUGACUCUGAGUUUUAAUAAUUGGGCAAUUUUUGAUAAAAGCAAUACUCACCAACACAUAUAGGCUUACUGAGUAUGCAGUAAGCCCUGGGUUCAGUCUCCACUCCUCAACAAAACAAACUAAAAAACAAACAAACAACGACAAAAACAAAGGAAUCAUGCAAUUAGAUUUUUACUUUAUAAAUUUUCCCUAGAAAUAAUGCCAUAAUUUCAAACAUAUUUAUGCAUUCUUAUUGUUUCCUAAGACUCCAAAAGCAAGCUUUUCAAAGCAUUGUUUUUUCCUUAAAAACACCACCAAAAAACUAAAAAUGAAAGAAUACAAAGGUAAGUAAUAUUAACUCAUUUAGAGACAUGAACACAAACCUUUGGAAGCUAUUUUGAAAGAGAAGGGUGUCUUGUUUUGUUUCACUUUGCUUCCAUCAAGAUCACCAACCCGACACUCGAGAGAUUGAGGAAGCUAUGCUGAUUUGUUGUUUCCUUGAAGAACUAGAAGAAGGUGGUGUUCUUCAAAACGUGAAUCUCAUCUCACCUGGAGAAUCAUUUUUAUUCCUGUUUAGUUUAGUUAUUACCAUUUUGGGGCUUGCAGGCAUCAACUACAGAUCAAUUAGAAUGAACGGAUUUAAGCAUUGGUCCUCACCUUACAGAGAAUUAUUUAAGACAUUGACUCUCAAAUGUUGGGCUUCAUGAUGGAGUCAACUGUGAAUGAAUUGCUCACAAGUCACUAGGGUCACUGAGAUCAUAAGGCUUCUAUAAGAAUCCUGUAUGAAGUACAGUACCCUUCAUCCUUCCUCAUGUGCUCUUACCACCUUCAAAUCUUACAGGGGCCAGACUUGCAUAAGUGUAAUCUGAUAUCUUAACUGUGCUCUCUAACAUUCACUUUCAACUCUAAGGAUUCUCUGGUACUACUCCUGGCUACCUGCUAGAGCAAAUAAACUCGUUCUUACACACUACAAACCUGUAUGAGUAUGCUAAUGACUUAUUGAAACCCAAAUAGUGGGAGACUGGAACAGUUGACUUUAAGCUCUUCUUCCGAUGUUAUGUAUAGUCCUUGGAAGAUUUCCUGGGCCUUGUUUACCCACAGUUCCAUUCCCUUUUUCUCUCUUCCUCUUUUCAUACUUCCACAUCUCUACUCGUAUUUAUUAGGAUAAAACUCCAAAAUUAAGUACAUAUGCACUAGCUGUUGACUCAGGUUCUGCUUUCCAGAGAAAGU